GCGGAGCAGGCCUGGAGGGGGGCACGACCAGUGGCGUUCCGAUCCGCGGAGUCCCAGCCUGCCACGUUAGGACCCUCGGAUUCCGGCAUCGAACGUUCGGGACCCCGUGGCGCCGAGCUCCCCGAGUGCCAGGGCGCGCCGGUGCGGGCAGCGGGCGGGACAGCGCCCCAGCUCCGCCCGUGGGAGAGCGCUUGCUCCUCCAGGAAGCGCCUGCCUCGCCUCUCUACUUCCCUCCCCACACCCCCACUCGGCUGAAGGGAGGAGCCCGAGCUGCCGCCGCCACCGCCGCCCGCCCGGCCCGGGAGGAGGACUAGAUCCCGAGCGGCUAGGAGCGCACGCGAGCGGGCCAUGGCCUUGCGGGCAGCGCCCUGAGCCCGUCCCGCGCCCGCGGGCCCGGCCGAGCAGGGGAAGCGUCCGGGGAUGCCCCGGCGGCCCGGAGCGCUGGCAGCGGCAGCCACGCGGUGAGGGCGGCAGCGCCCUCGGGAUUAGCGACUGCCAGGAACUGCUGCUGCCACCACCAGCCCCCAUGGCCUACAUACCAGGUGGGGGUGCCCCAGCAGUGGGGGCAGCCCCCAUGGGCUCCCAGUAUUGCGUGUGCAAGGUGGAGCUGUCGGUGAGUGGCCAGAACCUGCUGGACCGGGACGUCACCUCCAAGUCCGACCCCUUCUGUGUCCUCUUUACAGAGAACAAUGGCAGGUGGAUUGAGUAUGACAGGACAGAAACAGCAAUCAACAACCUCAAUCCUGCAUUCUCCAAAAAGUUCGUCCUUGACUACCACUUUGAGGAGGUGCAGAAGCUCAAGUUUGCCCUGUUCGACCAGGACAAGUCCAGCACACAGCUCGACGAGCAUGACUUUCUGGGCCAGUUCUCCUGCAGCCUGGGCACGAUCGUCUCCAGCAAGAAGAUCACUCGGCCUCUGCUGCUGAUGAAUGACAAGCCUGCAGGAAAGGGCUUGAUUACGAUUGCUGCCCAGGAGCUGUCAGACAACCGGGUCAUCACGCUGAGUCUGGCGGGCAGGAAGCUGGACAAGAAGGACCUCUUCGGGAAGUCAGACCCAUUUCUUGAGUUUUAUAAGCCAGGACAUGAUGGCAAGUGGAUGCUGGUCCACAGGACUGAGGUGAUCAAGUACACACUGGACCCUGUGUGGAAACCAUUCACUGUGCCAUUGGUGUCCUUGUGUGAUGGGGACAUGGAGAAAUCCAUCCAGGUCAUGUGCUACGACUAUGACAAUGACGGGGGCCAUGACUUCAUCGGCGAGUUCCAGACCUCGGUGUCACAGAUGUGUGAGGCUCGCAACGGUGUCCCGCUGGAGUUCGAGUGCAUCAACCCCAAGAAGCAGAGGAAGAAGAAGAACUACAAAAACUCGGGCAUUAUUAUCCUGCGUUCCUGCAAGAUAAACCGGGACUACUCCUUCUUGGACUACAUCCUAGGAGGCUGCCAGCUCAUGUUUACUGUUGGAAUAGACUUCACAGCCUCCAACGGGAAUCCCCUCGACCCUUCUUCUUUGCACUAUAUCAAUCCUAUGGGCACCAACGAAUAUCUGUCGGCCAUCUGGGCUGUUGGGCAGAUCAUUCAAGACUACGACAGUGAUAAGAUGUUUCCAGCUCUGGGAUUUGGGGCCCAGUUACCCCCAGAUUGGAAGGUCUCCCAUGAGUUUGCCAUCAACUUCAAUCCCACCAACCCUUUCUGCUCAGGUGUGGACGGCAUUGCUCAGGCAUAUUCAGCUUGCCUGCCCCACAUCCGCUUCUAUGGUCCCACCAAUUUCUCCCCCAUCGUCAACCACGUGGCCCGGUUUGCGGCCCAGGCAACGCAGCAGCAGACGGCCACGCAGUACUUCAUCCUCCUUAUCAUCACGGACGGCGUCAUCAGCGACAUGGAGGAGACACGGCACGCUGUGGUGCAGGCUUCCAAGCUGCCCAUGUCCAUCAUCAUCGUGGGCGUGGGCAAUGCCGACUUCGCUGCCAUGGAGUUCCUGGAUGGGGACAGUCGCACUCUGCGCUCCCACACAGGGGAGGAAGCAGCCCGCGACAUCGUGCAGUUCGUGCCCUUUCGAGAAUUCCGCAACGCAGCAAAAGAGACCUUGGCCAAAGCUGUGCUGGCAGAGCUGCCCCAACAAGUUGUGCAGUAUUUCAAGCAUAAAAACCUGCCCCCGACCAGCUCUGAGCCCGCCUGAGCCCCAGGGCCCAGCAGCAGCAUGCCGGCUGAGCCUCCCGCCCUCCCCCAGAACAUGCACGUUCACCCUGCUUCCUCGUGGGUGGCCUUUUUUUUUUUUUACCAAUCCACGUUUUUAUUUUUUACAACUGGACUUCCACCUCCAACUUCCCCCAGCCCAGCUGGGCUUCCUUUGUUAGAGUCAACUGAUGAUGCUUCCAGGCCAAACUGGCUUCCUCUCCCCCUCUCCCCACCCUUCCAUUCUUAAGUAUUGAAUGUACUUUGUAUAAUUUUAGUGGAAUUAUUAUUGUUAUUGAGAAUAAAAUUUUUACAAUCAUAACUGGCUUUUUCCAAGUAACUAGCUGCAGACUCUGAAAGGAACAUGACCUUGGUGCGUACUUUUGUGUUGUAGCUUGCACCUAAUUCCUGCUGUUUUUUUAAUACUGUGACUGUGUUCUAUUUGUUAUACUCAGGGUAA